AUGCUGAAAUGGUGUCUUGUUCUCCUCAUUCUUUUGUCCGUCUGGGCUGCUGACGAAGAUGUGCACGGAAGGUGUAAAGGUAGCUGGUGGCAACGUAUUGUUCGUCGUGGUCAGCUUCUCUCAGAAAAUGAACGACUUGCUCUGAUAAAUCUAGUUCGUCAAAAUAAUGCAAGUGGAAUAAGAGCGGGUUAUGACUGCGACUGGGAAGGAAUAUCCUUCACAAUGCUCGCAGAUGGUGAUUGGAGAGAAAAGUUAUAUUCGAAGCUAGCAAACUCCACAGAACAAAGACUAGUCCUUCAUACACUAGAGCGCAAUGCUUGGGUUACUGCAUGUCAAAAUGGAGCGAUGCCUAACCUCAAAGGUCUUAAUCCUAAAAGUAAAUUCGGAUGUGGCCGCCACAUUAAAUUAGGAGAAUGUACUGAUCACACAUGGCUGUACCUCUGCCUCUAUGAUUGA